AAGCUCCGCGGAGCUGAACGUCGGUCCAGGCAGGCUCACGGGCAGCAGCAGCGGCGGAGGGGAGAAAAACACACCAACCCACGGCUGGAAAGUGUUAACGGAGCCGCGGAGGAAGACACGGAGAGUGUGGGUGUUGAAUCCGGACGCUGAGGACUUGAACCGUCAGUUACCCACGGACUGUGUGUGUGCGUGUGUGUGUGUGUGUGCAUCCCUGAAAACACGAAAGAGUAACCCGGGGAGUGGAGAUCACUGUAACCCACCUGGACCGGUGCCGUGAGCCUGAUGCACACCGUCCACCGGGCAUUUCCUCCUCUCUGAGCUCAGCGUUAACUCGGGGGCGGUUAACGGGCAGCAGCACACACACACCGGCGGAGUAGUUUACUAUAAUGUUUGUUUGACAGCCACGUAUGGUUUGCUUUUUGAGAUACCGGGAAGCCGUGGGAAAGGCGGGGCCGAACCGGUGGACUCCCAAACUGGAUUACUGAGCUCCCCCUGUGCCGUUCACCCACAGCGACGCAGCGUUUUUUGGGGGGGGCGGGGGGUUGACGAAGGAGGCAACAACUGGAAUUUAGAAACCUUUCUUGGGAACUCUUUACCGACUGCCCUGCUGCUGCUGAACCGGCCGUGUUGCGUUAGUUAUUUCUGUCAAACGGUCAGCUGCCCGUGGCCUCCGCUCCCCCUCCUCCCCUCCCGCCUCGUGCAGGAGCACCAUCAGGUUUUGGGACGCAUAUUUUUUGGGGAUAAUUUUUCCCCAGCCGGGGUCGGACUAUGGCGGACGACGACAUUCUCUUUGAAGAUGUGUACGAGCUCUGCGAGGUCAUUGGCAAGGGUCCCUUCAGCGUGGUGCGGCGAUGCAUCAACAGAGAGACGGGGCAGCAGUUUGCUGUCAAGAUCGUGGACGUGGCCCAGUUCACCUCCAGUCCUGGACUCAGCACGGAGGAUCUGAAGAGGGAGGCCAGCAUCUGCCACAUGCUGAAGCACCCCCACAUCGUGGAGCUGCUGGAGACGUACAGCUCAGAUGGGAUGCUCUACAUGGUCUUUGAGUUUAUGGAUGGAGCAGACCUGUGUUUUGAGAUUGUGAAGAGAGCUGAUGCUGGCUUUGUCUACAGCGAAGCAGUUGCCAGUCACUACAUGAGACAGAUCCUGGAGGCGCUACGCUAUUGCCACGACAACAAUGUCAUCCACCGAGACGUCAAGCCUCACUGUGUGCUGCUGGCGUCCAAAGAGAACUCGGCUCCGGUGAAGCUGGGGGGUUUCGGAGUCGCCAUCCAGCUCGGAGAGUCGGGACUGGUGGCAGGAGGUCGAGUAGGAACUCCGCACUUCAUGGCCCCAGAGGUGGUGAAGAGAGAGCCGUACGGUAAACCUGUGGAUGUGUGGGGCUGCGGAGUCAUCCUCUUCAUCCUCCUCUCAGGCUGCCUGCCUUUCUACGGCACCAAGGAGCGUCUGUUCGAAGCCAUCUGCAAGGGCAAAUACAAGAUGAAUCCGCGCCAAUGGGGCCAAAUCUCAGAGAGCGCUAAGGAUCUGGUGAGGCGCAUGCUGAUGCUGGACCCUGCUGAGAGGAUCACCGUCUACGAGGCUCUUAACCACCCCUGGCUGAAGGAGAGGGACCGGUAUGCCUACAAAAUCCACCUGCCAGAGACUGUGGAGCAGCUGAGAAAGUUCAACUCCAGGAGGAAGCUCAAGGGGGCUGUUCUGGCUGCAGUGUCCAGUCACAAGUUUAAUUCCUUCUAUGGAGACCCCCCCGAGGAACUCCACGACUUCUCUGAAGACCCCACCUCCUCAGGACUACUAGCAGCUGAACGGGCUGUGUCUCAGGUGUUGGACAGUUUAGAGGAGAUCCACGCUCUGACAGACUGCAGUGAAAAGGAUCUAGAUUUCCUCCACAGUGUUUUCCAGGACCAGCAUCUACACACACUGCUCGAUCUCUACGAUAAGAUCAACACAAAGUCGUCACCGCAGAUCAGAAACCCCCCCAGCGAUGCCGUGCAGAGAGCCAAAGAGAGUUCCUCCCAAGACGAAGCAAGUGGCGCUUUGAAACAUCUGGAAUAUGUACUGGAAGAGAUCUCCUGCUACCCAGAGAACCACGAAGCUAAAGAACUCAGACGGAUACUGACCCAGCCACAUUUCAUGGCCUUGUUGCAGGCGCACGACGUGGUGGCCCACGAGGUUUACAGCGACGAGGCUCUGAGGGUCACCCCUCCGCCCACCUCGCCCUACCUGAACGGGGACUCCCCAGAGAGUGCCAACGGAGACAUGGACCUGGAGAACGUCACCAGGGUGCGCCUGGUCCAGUUCCAGAAGAACACAGACGAGCCAAUGGGCAUCACGCUGAAGAUGAACGAGUCAAACCACUGCAUCGUUGCGAGGAUAAUGCACGGAGGGAUGAUCCACAGACAAGGAACGUUGCAUGUAGGAGACGAGAUCAGGGAGAUCAACAGCAUCAGUGUGGCCAACCAGACUGUUGAGCAGCUGCAGAAGAUGCUGAGGGAGAUGCGAGGCAGCAUCACCUUCAAAAUAGUGCCAAGUUACCGGACGCAGGGCUCCUCGUGUGAGAAAGAGUCCCCCACCACCUCCAGGCAGUCCCCUGCCAAUGGCCACUCCAGCAUUAACAGUUCUAUCUUGGACCUGCCGUCCACCAUUCAGCCCAAAGGUCGACAGAUUGUAUCCAGACCUCCAAUCAAGGACAAAAUGUCUGUGAAGAUCUACGUGAGGGCUCAGUUUGAAUACGACCCCUCCAAAGAUGAACUCAUCCCCUGCAAGGAGGCCGGCAUUCGCUUCCAGGUGGGCGACAUCAUCCAGAUCAUCUCCAAGGACGACCACAACUGGUGGCAGGGCAAGCUGGAGAACACGAAAAACGGCACGGCGGGUCUCAUCCCGUCGCCAGAGCUGCAGGAGUGGCGGGUGGCGUGUAUAGCCAUGGAGAAGACCAAGCAGGAGCAGCAGGCCAGCUGCACCUGGUUUGGCAAGAAGAAGAAACAGUACAAAGACAAGUAUUUGGCAAAGCACAACGCAGUGUUCGACCAACUAGAUCUCGUCACGUAUGAAGAGGUUGUGAAGCUUCCUGCUUUCAAGAGAAAAACACUAGUUUUGUUAGGGGCCCAUGGAGUGGGCAGACGACACAUUAAGAACACACUCAUCACCAAACACCCCGACAGAUUCGCCUACCCCAUCCCACACACAACCAGACCUCCAAAGAAGGACGAGGAGAACGGGAAGAACUACUACUUUGUCUCCCACGACCAGAUGAUGCAGGACAUCAGCAACAACGAGUACCUGGAGUACGGCAGCCACGAGGACGCCAUGUACGGGACGCGGCUGGAGACCAUCCGGAAGAUCCACCAACAGGGACACAUAGCUAUACUGGACGUCGAACCUCAGGCCCUGAAGGUCCUGCGGACAGCAGAGUUUGCCCCGUAUGUCGUCUUUAUUGCUGCACCAACUAUCACACCAGGCAUCAAUGAGGACGAGUCUCUCCAGCGGCUGCAGAAGGAGUCUGAGAUCCUGCAGAAGACCUACGCUCACUACUUCGACCAGACCAUCAUCAACAACGAGAUUGACGAGACCAUCAGGCACCUGGAGGAGGCCAUUGACCUGGUGUGCACCACCAGCCAGUGGGUCCCCGUGUCCUGGGUCUACUGACCUGCAACCCUGACUGAUACCACCUACACCUACACCUACACCUCCUCCUCCCCUCCCAGCAACAACACCUCAGCCAAACUCCCAUCAUCCCCUCUUCAGAAUAAGAAAUUUAAAAAAAAAAAACGAUUAACAAAAAACCGACGGGAAACCUCUCUCUACACUGCACUUGAUUGAGAACCCCCCUCAGCGUACUGUGAAAGCGACCACAGCAUUCAACCGAACUCCUCCUGAACGCUGCACCAACAACCUGCGGCAGCCGAUUAUCGGACUCUUGCCCUGACAGACGACCUAGUCAUAGUGAUGUAUAAAAACAAGAGUUUAAACAAAAGUGAAUAUUGUCAUGUCUGUACUAGCUAGGAGGCAACAUUUUUGUAGAUGUUUGUUUUAAAGAGACAGUACUGUGUCCCGUCCUCCCAUCGCAUUGUAGUCCUGUUGGGUGUUGUAGUACUAAACCAUCUGUAGAAAGACACUGUCAGUGGGUAUUCUGUCUGUCGGCAGACUGAAGUAAAAGCACACAAACACACUGCAAUGUCUUCUCACCUAUAGAUCAUGUCACCGGCCCUCCUUAUUUAUUCAUUCUUGUUCUUUUCUGAGCUGUAACGCUGGGUUACAUCCUCCCAUCAUCCUGUUGUCAGCCCUCGGUACAGCUACUUUAUCUCACACCUUUCUACCUUCCUACCUGCCAGGUACUGUCUCUUCUAAAUAAAUCCAUAAAUAAUGUUUUAGAGAUUUGAAUGAGGUUAUCAUGCAUGUGGACAUUUGCAAGCUUCCAUGCUGUCAGUCAGUCAGUGUUCCCCGUGUCCCUCUGUAAACCUCUGAGAAAGAAAAGAAGACAAAAAUAUAUACCUUAAAAAAACAUUCCAGCUGUUUGGAAGACUGAACUCAGCCGAGGGAAGCAAGAGGGGCAAGAAAAAACUAACAGCGACGGAGCCGGACGUUGACUUGACACCUAUGCACAUCCCUUGCAUUUCGGGUGACAUUUCUAAACCACAGAUUUAUAAAAAAAAAUAAUAAUAAUAAUAAUGAUGAUGAUAAUGAUGAUGAUUGACCAUGUAGUGAGAUGUGUUUGUAAAAAAAAUCUAAUAAAAGUCGAUUUUUCUCUUUUUGAUUUGUCAUACACAAGAAAAGGAAGAAUUCCACCUUAUUCCUCAUUUGCCAUUUCAGAGAUGUGAUGUCCAAGAGUAUUAAUGUUUCAAUCAAGUUUAAAAAUCAACGAGAGAUGAAAUGCUGAUUUUUAUUCUGAAACUGUGUAACUGUCUACAAAGGAAGUGUACACUAUACAUUCUGCAAAGGUGACGACUUUGCGAGGGAAGAGGAGGCAGCGUGUGCAUCUGAUUAACAUGUAUAUGAAUAUGACAGAAUGACAUACAAACUGCCCCUUGUGUAAAUGACUCUGCAAUGAUAAAAGCUCUUCAGUAUGAACAAUUUUUUAAAUAUAUUUCCUUUUAUGUGUUGGAAAGUGAA